AUGCUGAAAAGCUGGGGAAAUACUUCAGUGGCCAUUUCCAUAGGAAUUUCCCUUCUUUUACUGUUGGUGAUCUGUGGAAUUGGGUGUGUUAGGCACUGGAAACAACAUAAUACAGUGCACUUUACCUUACCAAAGUUUUUGCAAAGGAGAAAAGACUAUACUAAAAGAGUCUCCUUGAGCUCCCAGGUUAUCGGCCCAGGGCAUAAAAUCUCAGUUCAAACUGAAGACCACAGCUCUCCUGGGAAGGACACUAACAUAUAUGACAACUAUGAAAAUGUGGAAGCGUGUCCUCCCCAAGCUAAAGAAGAAACAGAUGAGGGAAUAUAUGAGAACACUUGCCAGACCAAUUUCAAGGAACAUAUCUAUGGAAAUGAGACAUCAUGUGACUAUUAUGACUUCCAGAAGCCUACUACUUCUGAAGAACCUCAAGAUGAAAACAUAUACAUUCUUCCGGAUUCAUAUUAACUUUUCAAAAUGUGGGUUUAGUUAUUGAAGGAUAAAUAUUUGCUGGAACUUUUACUGUACUGAUAACAUUAUUAAUCAAGUUCUUCUGUUGAAACUUAAUGAUCUCUGUUUUAUCUCCACCCUUCUGAAUCCUCUCUGCAUGUAUCACUGUGGAUUAAUUCUAGAUAUCCUCUCCACCCUCCUUGUCCUGGAUUAAUUCUGCAUUAUGUUUUAUUGAUUCUUCC